CGAGGUUUGUGGCCUUCCGGUAUGUGGGAGGCGCGUGGGGUUUAUUUUACCCAAAACUAGCUUAAAUGUUGUCAAUAUUUCCACAUUAGCUCGCAGCUUCGACACAUUUCAACGCUUUUUUGGCUUCAACUUUGACACCCAAUGUGGAAAAUUGUGAAAUUAUGAAAGUUUAUCCCACGCCGUCAUGGUGUGCCGAACAGGCUGUAAUUUUGGGGCGCAUUUAAGCCUCAGGGAGUGGAUUUCUUACCUCCAGGAAGCAUGUACGACCAUUUGACAGAGGAGCUCUGGAAAGAAUUGGGACCGGUGGACCGCGACUGGUUCCAGUUGUUGACCACACGGGCCUUCUCUCGGGAAGGAAACGUCUCCGAUCAAGACGAUCAAGAAGAUCAACUGUGUCCCAACCAGGAGGGAAAAUUCAAGACUCCUUUGGGGAAAACUGCUGCCGCUGCGGCAGAAAGUCAACAGUUUUCAACACCUAAAGUGUUCAGACGCGCUUAUGGCGUGUCCCCGGACGCCAAAGACCAACAACAAGAGAAGGAAACGCUGCCAUGGAGUGGCAGGAGUCCAUGUUUGUUUCGGCUUUCCAAAGACACGUUCCCAGGUUUAAAUUAUGGACAUGCACAGCCACAAACUCCGGGCUGUUUUGAUUUGCUUAACACGCCACAAAAGUCCCCAGCCAGCUACGCCCAACACAUUUCCGAAAGCCUGGGCGCCAACAUUCACCCCGACAUAUCGUGGACCAGUUCUCUCAAUACACCACCGGCUCUACCUUCCACACUCAUUUUAUCUAAAACAGAUGAAAGUCCCUGCCCGGUGACAUUUUCUGUGGGCAAGAGUGUUGUGCUGGUUCGGAAGCUCUUCCCUUCUCUUUCCAAUGCAUCCUGUAAUAGAGCGACGUCACCGCCAAGCAAUGACCCACCUGUGUUUCUACAAGAAUCUGAUUCUCCAGAGGCUGACCCUCACCCAGCGUCUCAAAGGCCCCCUCACGGUUCCCUGGAACACAGCGACGGCAUCUGGAGAAAGCAGGUCCUGGACACCAUCGAGGACGAGGCGAUCCGCAGCCCAGUGGCCAGUGUUCUCGACAAUGCCGAAAACAGUCCGGACACAUUUUUCACCAAUAGUAAUUCGGUACCGAGGAAGGUGAAGGGCGACAGAAUGAAAAGGAGGCAAGAAGAACGCCGCAGCAGCUCCUCGGACGUUUCAACUGAGUCCAAGCCUGUCUCCCCUGAACAAGGAGAAUCUGAUCAAGAGCUAUGCAGAAAGCAUCCAGUUGAAUGCGGAGACACUGGACUCACACAGUGGUCACCGUUGAGUUUAUCGGACAUUCUCGCCACCACUGUUGCGCCACAAGUGGAAGAUAAAUCUACUUCAACACAAGCAAAGAGUCAAUGUAAUUCUGGCCAGCCAGUUAGACCAUCUUUGAACACUGCUGGAUUUACAAAGAAAAAGACCAAAUUCAUUUACACCAUUGACAAGGAGAAGCACUCGCUGAAGAACAACUCCAAACAAGGUCCUGAACUGUCUGUUACACUGGUGCCAAAAACCUGUGACAAAGCAGGCGGUUGCAACAUCAGCGAUGGAAAGGAGGAGCUUCAACAAUGGGAACAUAUCCCUAGAGAAAAGCUGCCUCCCUUGCUUCGAGCCAACACGCAGGAUUUGGACAUGUCGCAGCUUUGCCGAGCAUUUGCGCAAGACUUCAGUCAAAUGUCCCACCUGGGCGCACCACCUAAAGCAGCUCCACCACCACCAUCACCUCCUCCUCCUUGCAGCUUCUCCCCAUUGGCCUGUCUUACAGCGUUGAAAGUUGCUCGACAAAAGGCCAAAAGGCAAGCAAGCGUUCAUCGUGAAGCACCCCUCGACGAGUCAGUCGCUGAGGUAGUGGCGAGUGACAGCGGUUUCCUGUCAGCCAGUGCAGACUUCUCACAUGUAACCACGUCUUUCUUGGAGAAACCCAAUCCAAGCGACCAGUGCACUUUAGAGUCUACAAGUAGAGAACAAAGCAAGGUGUGUUUGGAGGAGCUUUCACUUGGAACAGUCACCAACGCCAAGGAUACAUCAGCGCAGCUACUCUGCAGUCCUGCAGACUUACCCUGCCCUCCACUUUUACUUCAAUCCAGAGAUUGCGAAAAGACCCAAAAGAAUGAAGCUGUUUAUCUUCUCUCAAAACAGUUGACAGGUUUCAAAACGGCUUCCAACAGAGGUAUACAAAUAUCAGCAGCCAACCUACAGAAAGCAGAGCACCUCUUUGACGAGACCAUUGGUCAGCAACCAAUCAAAAGUGUCUGUGACAAGGAAAUUUCUGCAACGCUAUCUUCUGUCGUGAGCCGCCCGGUAAAAGUUUCAAGAAAGUGUCUGUGGAAAGAUGAUGAAAAUAGUAGCGAGACAGAGGAGUCACUACGAGGCUUCCCUUCGUCUAUCAAACAAGUUAAAAAAAGUCCUGGAAACAUGAGCACUGGUGCAUGUCAGAUUGAUCAACACAUCAGAUACGGCUGGCAUGCCAAAGAGGAAAUUCCUGCAAUGCCUUCUUCUGCCCCAAGCAGACUGAUAAGAGUUUCUAAAAACGUCUCUUUGGCAUUUGAACUUUACGACACAGAGGAGUCACUUCAAAGCGUCUAUUCAUCAAUCAAACAGCUUCAAAAUGGUCCAAAAAGUCCUGGAAAUAUGAACGCAGUCGCAUGUCAGGCUGAUCAGCCCAUUGAAUACGACCUCGACGCUGAAGUGGAAAAUCCCGCCUUUGCUUUUGCCCCGUUAGGCCAAAAACUCAACCAGGCCAACUGCCAGCUGACUGCCUCCGAGAAGGCUGAUGUGAAGGAGCUGUGCACCCUCCUGGAAGAGGAAGACAGCCAGUUUGAAUUCACGCAGUUCAGAACUGUAAAGGUAAAACAACUGGGUCAAGAGGGUUCCACCUCUUCACCUAAAGUGGGCAAAGACCUCGACCCUGACUUCCUGUCCAGUAUUAAUUUCGACGACAGCUUUUGCACAGAGGCAAAUGAGAAAAUAGUCUUUAUGUCAAACGAUAAAACAAAUCACGAAGAACCCAACGUGGCAAAGGAACCUCACUAGAACCUUUGAAAAAAGAAGCAACAAUCUCUAACAGAUUUCAAACAGCUGAAGCAGGUGUCAUGAGAGUUUCCAAAAAGUGUCUGAAGAAAACCAAACAUUUAUUGCAUGACUUGGAGUGGGGUACUUCAGCACACAAG